AAUUCUGGGCCAUCAAUGGAGAAACGAAGGAAAGAACGUCAUCUAUUUGUAAUAACUAGCGACCUAAUUUAACUCGUUUUUUCGCCAAAAUAUUGCCACUGUUUUCGCUUAUGAGCAUCCAAACAAUAGCACUAUAGAGGGUAAUUAGAGGGGUGUCAAAAAUGCACGAAAAGCUCCGCGUUCGGAGCCGGGAAGUGUUUAAAGGAGAAUUGGCCGUGUGAACCCUGGUCGCAUUAGCUUGCCUGCUAGCUGUAACGUUAGUUCUGGUUGGCGAGCUUGUGUAAAAAUCUCCUCCAUCAUCUCACACAAAUAUAACACAUCCAGUUGAAGUUGUGAACCUAUCUCCGGUGUCAAGGGGAGAGGGAAGAUAUAACUUCAUCCUGAAAACGUAAACGCGGCACCCUGAGCCAAUGGGGGCGUUCCUAGACAAGCCGAAGACGGAGAAGCACAACGCCCAUGGCGAGGGCAACGGGCUGCGCUUCGGCCUGAGCAGCAUGCAGGGCUGGCGCGUGGAGAUGGAGGACGCACACACGGCGGCGCUGGGCCUGCCGCACGGCCUGGACGACUGGUCCUUCUUCGGCGUGUACGACGGGCACGCGGGCUCGCGUGUGGCCAACUACGCCUCCAAGCACCUGCUGGAGCACAUCGUGACCGGGGCGGGCGGCGCCGAGGAGCUCCGGAGGGCCGGGGGAGGGCCAGGCGGCGGAGGGGGCACAGGGACGGUCGAGGGAGGGCAGGGCACGAGCCCCGAGCCGGGUGCGGUGGACGCGGUGAAGAGCGGCAUCCGCGCCGGCUUCCUGGCCAUCGACGAGCACAUGCGCAGCUUCACGGACCUGCGCAACGGCAUGGACCGCAGCGGCUCGACGGCAGUGGGCGUGCUGCUGUCGCCGCACCACCUCUACUUCAUCAACUGCGGCGACUCGCGCGCCCUGCUGUGCCGGCGCGGGCGCGUCUGCUUCUCCACGCUGGACCACAAGCCCUGCAACCCGCGCGAGAAGGAGCGCAUCCAGAACGCCGGCGGCUCCGUCAUGAUCCAGCGCGUCAACGGCUCGCUGGCCGUCUCGCGGGCGCUGGGCGACUACGACUACAAGUGCGUGGACGGCAAGGGCCCCACCGAGCAGCUGGUGUCCCCCGAGCCCGAGGUCUUUGAGAUCGCGCGCGCCCCUGAGGACGAGUUCGUGGUGCUGGCCUGCGACGGCAUCUGGGACGUCAUGAGCAACGAGGAACUGUGCGAGUUUGUGCGCUCGCGCCUUGAGGUGUCCGCCGACCUGGAGCACGUCUGCAACCAGCUGGUGGACACCUGCCUGCACAAGGGGAGUAGGGACAACAUGAGCGUGGUGCUGGUGUGUUUGCCCAACGCCCCCCAGGUGUCAGAGGAGGCGUCCAAGAAGGAUGCGGAGCUGGACAAGUUCCUGGAGACCCGUGUGGAAGAGAUUAUUGAGAAGGCAGGAGAGGAGGGCAUGCCUGACCUGGUGCACGUCAUGAGAAUUCUCGCCUCAGAAAAUAUACCCAACCUCCCACCAGGGGGAGGCCUCGCCAGCAAGCACAGUGUUAUUGAAGCAGUAUACACUCGACUGAACCCACACAGGGAAGAGGAUGGGAACGGUGCCGAUCUGGAGGACCCCUGGUAGCUGUCCUGCAUGGUUGCCAGAUUCCCCCGUCGGACUGACUUCACUUCUUUUUACAGAAGACAUCUUUGCCUCACCUUUUCUCUUUUCCCCCCCGUUUUCCUAUGAAUACCAGGAGAUCAAUUGGACCACAGAUGAAAACAUUCAGAAUUUUUUUUUUUUUUUUUUUCCUUUUCUUGAGAGAAAAAAAAACACAAACACAAUCCAAAGGAUUGCAAACACCCUUCUUUUUUAAUGAAUGGACAGCAGGAAAGAAUGAAAGAAAACAAACAACAAAAAACACAAAGUAAACUUUGGUGUUUAUGGAAAACUCUUCUCCGAGAACAACAAAAGAGAAAAAAAAAAUUCACGUACACAUAGCACACCAUAGGAAGACAGUAAAAAGACUUUUUUUUUUACUGCAUUUUUUUUUGUUUUUGUUUUUGUUGGAUGUUGUAGUUGUCCUGAUCCAGUGGUUGCCGUUGCUGUUUAUUUUCUUGUUGUUUUUGAUUAUUGACGAUGACUAUAAUGAUGCUGGUGAUGAGGAUGUGAGUGAUGAAGAUGAUGAUGAUUAUGAUUAUGAUGAUGAUGAUGAUAAUGGUGUAGACACUGGGCCCGAUGCGAGCCGUCUGUGGUGCCUUCUCUAUGACAACGGGGUGGAACAAGCAACAAGCCAAGCAGGGUCAGUCCCCUUAAAAAACACAUGUGGUUUGGACUUUAAAAAAAAAACAGAUGGGGAGAAGAGGGGGUGGGGGCAUUAAAGGAGGAGGGAUGGGGACACUGUGCCCUGGAGGGCGGACGGUUGGGGGGUGCCUGUUUCCUGUCUACGUCUACUACAGCCCCCCCUCCUCCACCUGUGCCACCCUGUGCUGAGGGAAGUGGAUUUUAGGGGGUCUGGGGGGGUCUGGACUGACUGAUCCCUCCUUGCUCCACUUUAAAGACCCCACCACCCCUCCCUCCCCCUUCCACUUUAUCUUUGGAGUCACAUGGAGACGUUUCAGUCCACUUGAGCCUGAGAGGCUUGUGUGUACUGAUAUGUAUGUGUAGUGUACGUUAACGUCGACGAAUGAAAUAUGAUGGCUGGCGACUGAUGGCUGAAAUCUUUGUGUUUAGAAGCUGCCACGUUUGGGGUUGAUUACUGCGUGCUGUGAUUUGCACCCCCCCCCCCUGUCCUCAUUUCCAUUUCCCCCCUGCCUCCUCUUUAACUCUCUUCUCUCGCCCACAUUCACCCCAAAACCCUCACAGUGCCCCCCUGUGCCCCCAUAACAGACUUUGAGAAAACAAAAAAAGAGAAGUGAACUUUUGUUUGUUUAUUUUUAUUAAUUGUUGUUUUUUUUGCAUACACACUGCCUCAGCUUGCUAAGGAUUCACGCCCCCUUGUUUCCUCUUCUCGUGUGUGUGUCAUUAAGCUUUUUAAUCCUGCUGGUUAAGAGAGUAUAAAAUAUAUAAAUAUAUAUAUAAAACAAUAUAUAUAUUUUUAAGUUAGUGUUUUUUUGAUUUUUGUUUUUCUUAGUUUUUUUUCCCUUCCUGUUUUGUCUCUUGUAAAUGGUUACUGAGGUGGCCUACAGUGUGAAAAAGGAAGUGCAAAUUAAUGAUGACCAGGUGAUGCAAAGAUAUGAGCUCUGAAAACUUUGUGGACACAAGAAGCUUUGUGCUGGGUGUGUUUUGUGUGUAUGCGUGUGUGUAUGCACGAUUGCGUGUUUAAGCAUGGUGUCCGUAAGUCUGUCUGUGUGUGUGUGCGCGCGUGUGCGUGCGUGUGUAUGUUGUGGAGUGCAAAUCUGUCGCUCGGGAUCUAUGGGUAUGUUGGGCUAGAAGGGAUUUUACAUGCCCUACAAAGCCAGACUCAUUUCCAAUGCCUCUCUCAUUCUCUCCUCUCUCUUUCCCUCUCUUUUCCCCCUCUGUUUUCCCUCACUUGCUCUCUGCUUGUCUCUCUCUUUCUCCCGUCUGUUCCCCCGUCUUACUCUCUCGCUCUCGCUCUCGCUCUUACAUCCAGUCUCAUUCAUUCUGUCUUUUCACCCUCUCUCCCUUUUUCCGUCUGUCCCUCACUCUUGUCUCUCUUUCUGCUUUUCCUUAUAAUGCAGAAGUGGACUCUUGCAGCAACCUGCCUUUAUUUUUUUGGCUCAGAGUAUAUUGUAAAAUUGUGUGAUCUCUCUCUUCCUUGUUUUUUGUUAGCUGGGUAAAAAAAAAGACAUGGCUUUAUGAUAAAUUCACUUUUUAUUUUCAGAUGCCGCAUUGUCAUGUGCUCUUGAAUGUUGCAGCUGCAUUUUCAGCUCUGAGACACCACACAAGAAAUCAUGAAUAACACGGGGAAAAAACAAAGCUAUGAGCCUCUGCUGAAAAAUAAAGAUUUAGUGAAACCUG